AUGUCAGAAUCAUUAAAUCAAUUAGCUAAGUCUGCUGCUUUCCUGAUACUUCACGAAAAUCUUGAACGUUGGGCUUCAUCAUACAAAAAAAAUACCUGUGACGAAAAUGUGGCGAUGGGUUGUGAGAUAAUUGAGCUCAAUGCAAGAAUACAGAAUCAGCUUUUCCGCUUAAUCAGCAUUUGUGCAUCGGAAGGAGGACUUUAUGGAGGUGCUAGUGCAAUCAAACUUCGACUUUUACCGCUUCUUGGAUCUGGCACUGUAUUCACUGGUUUUACUCUUGGACCACAGACGCCAAAUUCUAACACAUUUUCUCCCAAGACAUACGAAUCUAAUACAUCAAAAUAUUCCAAAGUAAAUACAGAAGAUAAAAAUGAAUUUGAUGCCGCUGAAACACAUAGAGAGAAUUAUCGACUUAGAGAUCAGAUACUUUCAUUAGAGGGUGAAAAUGAACGUCUGAAAUCUCAGAUAUAUUCUCCUCAUCAAAACGAAUAUGAUAUCAAUCAAAAUAAUUAUAGGUCGUUGAAAAAUCUUCCAACCACUUCGAAAACGUAUACUGAACUCGAUAUUGGACCACUGUCAUUAUCAGCUCCAGCGGACCUAACACCUUCUAUGCUAACUGGUGUAAGUCCAUUAAGUCCGAACGAUCCAAUUCAGCGAUACAGGCAACAAAUUUUGGUAAUGCGCUUCAAUGAGUUAUUUUCAUUGCAUCGAAUUGAAGCAAUGGGUUUAUUAAGACGUUACAUAGAUGACUAUGAAGCAAAUCAGAAAAUCAUAUUCUAUGCUGUCGUGGAAUCAUUCACUGUGGCUAAAUCACAUUUUCGAACUUAUCGAAAUCGUGUACGCAAACAGAUUGCAACAAAUAAUUUAAUUACAACAGAAACACUAGAUGAAAUAGUUCAAUCAUAUAUAAAUAUUCAUGCUAGUCAUUCAGUAGAUAUUCCAGUACUUGUGAAAGAUGUUUGUCUAGCUAUGGAACGUCGUAUCCCACGUAUACGUCGUCCAUCACACAAUCUUGGUUUCGAUGUUAUUAAAGACUUUUUACAUGAAACUUGUAAACUUGCUUGGGAAUGUUCUGCACUAAGUCAUCCACUUGAUGUUUGUAGACCGGUUUGUGAAAAUGAAUUGAUUGAUGAAGUAAAGUAUAGACGUAGCCACGAUUCAUCAUAUCCAACAUUAGUCAUUCAUCAUCAUAUAUGGCCAUGUUUAAUGCAAGGUGAACGUGUACUUGUUAAAGGAGAAGUUUGUACUAGAGGAAUGCUUAACUCUUACGGCUUCGAAGUUAUGUCAUCCGAUAGUCGAAAUUUACCAGACCGUUAUCGAAGUCGUGUCUGCUCACGUUCUUGUUCACCAACACGUCCAACUACAUCACCAGGUGCACGGAAGCGUCUGCAUCUUAAAAAGGCACGAAAUUUAAAAUUAAAUUAA